UUGCGCCCCAGUGACGCGCUUCCCUCCGCAAACAGCCUGUCGCGACAGACGCCCCCCCAAAAAAUACCUGCACCAAGGCACUUGUGUUGUAAAUCCAGUCGCGCCCAAUCCUUGCGCCAGUUUCUUUGCUCUGAUAAGAGUUUGAUUACGUGCAAUUGGUUAUCUCCUCUACUGCUCUACUUACAGUAAUUGCAAUUUUUCACUUUUACAAACACAAACACGGACAGCCCAGCUUGGCGCUCUCUAGUUAGCUACUAAACAGGACACACGCACACGCGUCGAAACCAACACCACCACGAAAAACAACAACCGCGAACACAAACAAUGCCUCGCAAAUCUCUUAAAGGCGAGAAUGCCGAUUCCUCCUCUUCGCCCGCCGUAAAGACGCCCAAGACACCCAAGACUGCCUCUGCGACCCCAGCCAAGGACGCUAAGACGACCGCAUCCGCAACAAAAGCAACAACAACAGCUACACCCACGCCUGCUUCGGGCACCAAGCGUCCCCGCCAGUCCAAGGAGAAGAAGGCCGCCAUUGCUGCCGAUGCCCGUGCUGCCGCGCGCAAUCCUUUCGUGGACUUUGCGCUUGCGCAGGUCCUGAGUAUUGCGAUUGCGACGGGUGGCCAGUAUGCGCUGGGCGAGGUGACGGGCCGCGAGUUGACGGCGCUGCGGAGCAGCGGUGAUGUUGUGCGCGAUCUUGGCGUGCAGACUGCAUGGCGCUUCGUUUCUCUUGCCCUCGCGUGGUUUGCCAACCUUGACAGCCUCGAUGCGGCUGCCAUGGCUUUCAUGUCUACCGCCCCUGGUACAUACCUCCUGUACAACUUUUACGCCGUCAGCCCCCUCGCAGCUCUUGGCUCGCUGGCCAUUGACGUCCUCGCCGCCGCUGUCCCCUUCCACCUGUUCCGCCCGCUCUCCAACGUGCACUCCAAGACUCCCGGCCGCCUCUACAACCGCGAGCUGCUGACUUUUGUGUCGCAGCUACACACGUCCGCCUUUGCCGUCGCCAUCUACAGCGUCACCAUCUCGCUUGCGCUGCGGUUCUACCUUGCCCGCGUCUUUGUCAUGCGCUUUGCGGGCAUCCCGUCCGUCGAGCUCGCCUACAGUGCUAGCCCUAUUUCUGUGCUGCCUGUCGCUGCGGCCUUUGGUAUUGUUGCCAGCGCGUUCCUUUUCCCGUCGUUUGCUACCACCAGCAAGACCAAGGAUGACGACAAGAUUCGCCAGUUUGUGCCUGCCGAUGCCUCCCUCAAGCAGACUGUUUGGUGGAAUGUCUGGGGCUAUACGACGAAGACAAAGGUUCUUAUUCGCCGCGCUGCUCUGGCUGUUGUGGCUACAUCUGUCGGCACCUACUUGUCCAGCAGCAUGUCGAUUCGUGGUGUUGAGGCCUGUGGCUCGAUUUCGUAUGCGGGUGUCUGGGCUGUCGCUACGCUCUUGACGGCUGUUGGCCUGGGUGUCAUUGGCAGCGAGUAAGCUGUUGCGUAUGUAGACAUACUACACUGAGGUUAUGAUGCCUGGUCGCAUCUUUUCGGGAGAAAGACUUGAUUUUGUUGUAAAUGGAGGAAUUGGAAUCUGCUGGCGAACACAAAGGCAGAAGUGAUGGCGUGGAGUAGGGUUUGUAUGAAGAGCAGAAAAACACUGGCUUUUGGUUGGAGUUGGAUACGGUAUAUUGCUCGUUUUUUUUAAUUCUUUCUUGGAGAUUGUCGCCGUUUUUGGGGACGAUUUCGUUAAUAUUUAUUAUGCUAUGUAGGGUUUGUGAUUGGUAUAAUCAAUCUAAUUGUAUGGAAAAUGUGUACAGAAACCAACGCUCGCUCUCUAUAUGCUAUCGCUCUCUAUGCAGGAAUGUCUUUUAUCUAAUGUACAAUAUUGAAAUAAAUCACGAUGUAGGGGCAGCCAUUGCGACUCGUCGACGCGCUCGUCGUUGGAUGCCCGCAAAGGCAAUGGGCAUGAGUGCAGUUAGAACAGCCGCAGACCCCAAGAAGCCGGCUGAGACUCCAAACCCGAGAUGGUAGUUGGGAGAGUCCUUCUGUGGCCAGAUGCGGCUGCCGUAGACGCUGGCAAAGUUGCCACAAGCGUUGACAAGCGCAAUGACAAUCGCCCGCUUCUCGCGAGGCGCAUCCAUGACCGUUGAUGUCCAUGUCAGGGACAGCACUGUUGCGCAGACAACUGCAGACGUCACUAAGCAUACCAUGAUAUACUUGGCCACGGCAUUAUGGACCGUGGCACAAAUGACACAGGCUGCAAAGCCUACAGCCAGAGAUCCCGACGUGUGCCAUCGCCGCUCUUGUAGCCGAUCCGACGACCAGGCCACUAGGUUGAGGCAUAUGGCUGCCACUACCCAGAUCGGCACCGUCAUAUACUGCGCCGUUACUGUUUCGAAUCCCAGACUCGCUGUAAUAGUCGGGACAAAGUAGGAUAUUGUGCUGGCACCAAUGACCAGCAUGUAGAGCAGGACGAAGAGAUAGGUGCGCGCGUCGGACAACGCAGCCAUGAACGCUUGCCAGUGGCUCAGUUUCGCAUCGCCUUGGUUUUGGUCGUCUAGAAUUCGUUGCGUCGCGAGAAACUGUUCCUUUUCCGUUAAUCGUUGUGUCGUAGCCGGAUAGUCGAGCAGGACAAAGAAUGCAAUAAUGGCGACGCCCACCGUGGCACACCCCUCAAUGAUAAACAGCCACCGCCAGCCAGCAACGCCGUGUGCACCGUCUAGAUGCGAUGUGAUGGCACCAGCAAUGAUGCCUCCCAGAGCACCAGACAGUGCAGCUGCCGUAUAAAACAUGGCAAAUCGCCUUCCCAGCUCCUUGCGUGUGUACCAGCACGACAACAAGUACAGAACGCCUGGGUAGAAGCCCGACUCGAUGCACCCGAGGACAAAGCGGAAGCCCAGCAUCGCACCAUAUGUCGUGGACGUGGCCAUGAGCGCACUUAGAAUACCCCAGACGAGCAUAAUGGCGGGUAGAAAAAUGGAUGGGCGGCUGCGGGUGAGAAGCAUGUUGGAGGGCACCUCGCAGAUUAGGUAGCCAAAGAAGAAGAUGGACACUACCCAGGCGUAUCCGUCGUCGGUUAGGGCUAGGUCUCGUUGCAUGCCGGCGAUUUUGGCGUUGCCCUGAGAAGAGGGGGAAUUGGUUAGCACUAGUACUCAGUGGUAGAGAGAGUUGCUACGAACAAUAUUGGUGCGGUCGACAUAGUUGAGAAUGUACAUGAAGAAGAGAAUCGGCAUGAAGUAGAGGUCGAUUUUGCGCACAAGCCUCUUUUCGGCAUCGUCUUUGUCUGAGCAUGUGUAAGCAGUAGCAGCAGGAGUGCUGGAGGCAGAGAUUGGCGUCUUGGUGGCCCCUGGUGUUUGUAUUGCUGCCAUCUCUUCGUCAUUGUUGCCGGCGUUGAGAGGAGCCAUUGCAACGGCGUGACGGGCGGCGGAUUGACCCGCUGCUAAUACACGCAAGACAUGUACUGGUUGUGAAUGGCAAAUCGAAUAGCUGAAAUAGGCGUGUUUUGUCGUUGUAAAUUGGACUUUUGGCGAAAAGGAGAAGUGCGUAGUGAGUGUUUAACCGUGG